AUGACGGACAAACUACCUCCCAAUCUCCUUGCUCUCUUCCAACCCCGACCUCCUCUCCGCUACAUCCCUCCUCAAGAUUCCGCCCCGGACGAGAAAGCUCUCAAGAAGUCACAGCUUUCAGGCGUAGCUGCGUUUCUUCCGCAGCUGGAGGAGUACAAGGCGACCGACGUGUACCAAGCUACCGAGUCAUGGCUCCAACAGCGCGACCGCAAGAGACUUGAGAAGAAAUUGCGUCAGCAAGAGAUUGAGAAACCCGAUUUCCAGGGCUACAGACCAAACGAAGACCCCAAGAUCAAGGGCGAUGCAGUCAAGACACUCUUCGUGGGCCGUUUGAGUUACGAUGCGAAAGAAGCAGAUCUGGAGCGUGAGUUCGGCAGGUUUGGUCCAAUCGAGAGGAUCAGGAUCGUCAAGGACGAGACAACGCCCAAACCCAAGAAGCCACACCGAGGCUACGCCUUCAUUGUCUAUGAACGAGAAAAGGAUAUGCGAGGUACUUUCUUCUGA